UCUAUAAGGAUAAUUCUGGAGGCACGUUACCUGCAGUGCAAUGUAUAUUCCACUAACACAUGUAUGAGCAUACAUUGCACAUACAGGCAUUUUGACGUGUGAUGCUUUACAGCCAAAAUUAGGAAAUUAACGAUCCUGUGACCCUGCCUGCAAGUAAGCAUGCACUUUGCCUACUUAUUACAUGCCGUGCUGCUGUGCAUGUUUCCCUCUUCCUUAUCCAUGGCUUAUAUCACUUGCGAAAUGACAGGAAGGAUGAACAGAUCUUCUCUGAGCGAUAUUUGUGAUGCCUCCAGUAGUUUUCUCUUCACAGACACUUCCCCGGUUGACAUUAAGCUCCACCAUCACUGAGUUUAAGUACCGCGCCUUCCCGGCACACACCAAGAUCUCCCUCCAAGUCUGCUUCUUUGGGAUCUGCUGGAAGAACAGCAAGCCUUUAUAUCUUGCUGAAAUCCCUCUCUGGAGCUCAUCAGGUGUGGCCACUUCUAAUGAGCCAGCUGCCUGGGAAGGGAGUCACCACAUUCUGGAGCUCCUCUCUCAAAAGAGAAUAAACCAUGGAACAUUCUAGACAUAUGGAAGACAGUGAGUUUGUUAGAACCGAUAAUAACGGAGAAAGGAAGAUGUACAAUGAAAAGAGCACAAGAGACCAGAGACCAGUGGGAAGUGGCAAAAGGAGAAUCUGCAAAACACUUGGAUAUCUAACAGGAGAAAUGAAAGAGUGUGGAGACUGGCUGAAAGAUAAACCUCUAGUUGUUCAGUUUAUUGACUGGGUCCUGCGGGGAAUAUCCCAGGUGAUGUUUGUCAACAACCCACUCAGUGGGCUACUUAUUCUAGCCGGACUGUUGAUCCAGAAUCCUUGGUGGACGCUCACAGGCUGUUCAGGAACAGUUGUCUCGACGUUAACGGCACAUAUUCUGAGCCAGGACAGAUCGGCCAUAGCAGCGGGACUGUUCGGCUACAAUGGAGUCCUGGUGGGACUGCUCAUGGCGGUGUUCUCUGACAAAGGAGAUUAUUAUUGGUGGCUUCUACUGCCAGUUGUUGUUACAUCCAUGGCUUGCCCAGUUCUUUCCAGUGCUUUAGGUUCAGUCUUCAGGAAAUGGGACCUUCCUGUUUUCACCCUGCCUUUCAACAUUGCCGUGUCUCUUUACUUGGCUGCCACUGGACACUACAACCUCUUCUUCCCUACGACGCUCAUUCAGCCUGUAACAUCAGUGCCCAAUAUCACCUGGUCUGAAAUCGAAGUGCCACUGUUGCUACAAUCCAUUCCAGUCGGCAUUGGUCAGGUGUAUGGCUGUGAUAAUCCCUGGACUGGUGGCAUCUUCCUGGUUGCUUUACUCAUCUCCUCUCCACAUAUUUGCUUGCAUGCUGCAAUCGGAUCAGCAGUGGGGAUGCUGGCAGCGCUGACCAUUGCCAUGCCAUUUGACAGGCUCUACUUCGGCUUGGCGAGUUACAACUGUGUGCUUGCUUGCAUUGCAAUCGGAGGCAUGUUCUAUGCUCUUACCUGGCAGACACACUUGCUGGCACUUGCCUGUGCAUUAUUCUGUGCCUAUGCUGGAGCAGCUCUUGCCAACAUCUUGUCUGUGAUUGGAUUACCAGCCUGCACCUGGCCUUUCUGCUUCUCUGCGCUUCUCUUUUUGCUCCUAACUACAAAUAAUUCCGCAAUCUACAAGCUGCCACUCUGCAAAGUCACUUAUCCAGAAGCCAACCGAGUCUACUACCUGAGAAUGAAAAGAAGAGAGCAGAAACCCACUGAUGGUGUUAUGGAGGAACAUUCAAUUGAAUUGGAAGCGGAUGAGUGCCAAGGAGAUAUGCAGCCAAAGCAGAGGAACUUGUUUCAAUUCGAUCAGCAGUCUACACGUUGGCCCGUGCGAAGGAGAAGUAAAGUUUUUGGAAAAGUUGAACAUCUGGAUAGACAAAAUGAGGAUCAGUUUUUCCCUCCACACCAACAACAGGAGAAUGAAUCAGCUAAGGAUCUGAAGGGCAACAUGGCUCCUGAAACCAAAAUCACUGAAGAGAAAAGCACUAAAAAUCAGAACAGAGGGACAACAGGUGUGAAAUGCGUCAGCAGAGCUGUCUCCUAUAUCAGGGGAGGAACAAACAUGUCUGGAGGUGGGUCUAAAGAUAAACCUCUAGUAUUUCAGUUUAUUGACUGGGUCUUGCGGGGGACGUCCCAGGUGAUGUGUGUCAAUAACCCACUCAGUGGGUGUCUCAUGAUUGCUGGAUUCCUGGUCCAGAAUCCCUGGUGGGCGCUCACAGGCUGUUUAGGAACAUCUGUCUCAACGUUAGCAGCACUUAUUCUGAGUCAGGACAGAUCAGCCAUAGAAACAGGACUCCAUGGCUAUAAUGGGACCUUAUUGGGAUUACUCAUAGCUGUGUUUUCUGACAAAGGAGACUAUUAUUGGUGGCUUCUACUGCCUGUAGUUGUUACAUCCAUGGCAUGCCCCAUUCUUUCCAGUGCUUUAGGCUCAGUCUUUAGUAAAUGGGACCUUCCUGUUCUCACCUUGCCUUUCAAUAUUGCCGUGUCUCUUUACUUGGCUGCCACUGGACACUACAACCUCUUCUUCCCUACGACGCUCAUUCAGCCUGUAACAUCAGUGCCCCACAUCACCUGGUCUGAAAUCGAAGUGCCACUGUUGCUAAAAUCCAUUCUGGUGGGAAUCGGUCAGGUGUUUGGUUGUGACAAUCCCUGGACUGGUGGCAUUUUUCUGCUCGCUGUCUUUGUAGCAUCACCACUCAUCUGCUUAUACGCUGCAGUUGGAUCAGCAGUGGGCAUGCUGGCAGGCUUGACUGCUGCAGCGCCCUUUGCUGAGAUCUAUUCUGGCUUUUGGGGCUACAACAGCGUCCUCUCCUGCAUUGCAAUAGGAGGCAUGUUCUACGCUCCCACAUGGCAGACCCACUUGCUAGCAGUUGCCUGCGCCUUCUUUGGUGCCUAUCUGGGAGCAGCACUUGCUAAUUCCCUCUCUGUGUUUGGAUUACCAGCCUGCACCUGGCCUUUCUGCUUCUCUGCAUUUCUGUUCCUGCUACUAACUACAGACAACUCUGCCAUCUACAAGCUGCCACUCUGCAAAGUCACUUACCCAGAAGCCAACCGUGUCUAUUACCUGGCAGUGGAAAGAAACAGGAAGGCAACAGUGAUGACAAAACAGCCGUCUAACAUGGCUUCCUAAUGCAGUUGCACAGCUCUGCUCCAAAUAUGUGAACUAAAUCCUCCUUGGGACAUUUCUAAACAAACAAUACUGCAUUUUGUUUUCUGAAGAUGAUGGUUUUCUUUUGUGUAUCAUGAAAUGGAUGUAAUUAUAAUGGAUUUCAUUUUAGAAUUAAGCUGUCUUGCUUAAAGCCUUUACACACUCAUUUCCUAUAACACAGAGAGCGGUAAGAAUGGCUGAGUUAUUGGAAUGCUGAUUAACUGCUGACCCAGAACAUUAGGUCUGCGUCAUGCAUGGAGAUAGGUGAAGGAGGUGAUGCUGGACGGAUCUGUACUAGGUUGAGAUUAGCUUUUGUGGGUGCAAGCAUUUGGGCAUAGAAAUGGCUGAAAUAGCC